UUGCGACAUUAUGGCUUGUGUAGACCGCACUCUCUUGAUACUUCAAGUACAUAUCAUAAAAUCUGUUGUCCGCUGCCUUGUCCAUCCAGCAGCAGCACAUGUGGACGGGUGGUCUAUGAACUAGUUUCUCCAGUCCAAAAGCACGUCAUAGUUGAUUCAGUCUUUGGCGGGUACUUUGACCUGGAUGCUGUUUGGUGCCCCAAAGCACCAGUCACACUAGAGUCAUGUACUUUUGACUGUGAAGAGAAACAGGCCAUACACUCUCCCUGCAGAGACACAGUGUUUUUGUUGUUUCUUCCCUCUCAUUUGCAGUGACUUUAUAGCAAGGGAAUCCUCAUUCAACCAAAAGUUUUAUGGACACUAAGUGUUCCAGAAGGCCUGUUCCAUUACAGUUCCAGAUGUGUCCUGGGAGGUUCUGCAUCCUGAGCUAGUAAUAAAUUUGCUAUGUUCUCACAGAAACAACAUUAAAGCAGGCUGUCCAGGCAGAUGUGAGUGCUUUUGAAUUUCUCAUACUGAUGCAUGGCUUUUUCUUUAGAAAACUUUGAAAACAGUGGGGUUUUUUAGACCUUUUUUUUUUUUUUUUUUUUUUUUUUUAAUGGCAAAGCCUUUUAUUCUGCACAUUGGGUGGCCAGAAGUCUGGCUUUCUCAUAGAGAUAGUUCUCUUGCUCAGAUCCGCGACCUGCUCUGCUAGCUGGGCCUUGUUGGGGAAUGUGAGACUUUCUCUGAGCAAUAUGAUUAUAGAAUUUUACAACUCCCUUCUUUCGCCUCAGCAGAGUUGAUUUUGGCAAGUUCCAGGCCCUGGUCACGAACCUUAACUGGGUGUGUUCUCUGCUUCCACCAUCUCUCUGCACUCUUCAGUGGCUCAGUACAUCCGUCCCCUCUCCAGUUGCUGGGAUUUCUUCCUCCGUCUUGUUUCUUCCCCACUGUUAUCCCUGCUGUGGUCUUUCUGCAUCCCUGUUUCUGGCCCAUUGUACUUUGCAAUACAUAAAUCAGGAUUAGAGAUGGACUUUAAAGUCAAGCCCUAGAGCUAGGUUUGGCUUGGUUCAUUUGUGAGAUGGGUUAGGCUAGUCCACAUACCUAGUAUAACUCAACUACUAUUUUUGUGGUUGCAUGUCUGCACAUAGAAAGACAUUAAUACCUAAUCUGGAGCACGAUAAUAAUCCACUUUUAAGCAAGCCAAACCAUUCUGCUCUAUGUCUGAGGAAUGGGACAAAGUGAAAGCAAUUUCAUACUUCAAAAUAAGCAUGACAUUGCAAGUUUGGCUGCAGCAGUCAUGUUUCCCCUAACAUUUGUGUAAUGGUUUGUUAAUUAUGACCCAGUUGGUUGGCCAGACCUUUAGCCUAGUGCAUGUCAUUUCCCUGCUCUUUCCCCACAGUUCUCUGCUGCCUCUAUGGCUCAUUUCAAAAGGCAGCAUGCCAAGAAAAAAGAAAGAAAGAAAAAAAAGAAGAAAAGGAUCAAUUUCAGUAGUUUCGCAACUGGGCUCAGCCAAAAAUAAAUAAAUAAAUAAACAAAAAAAACGAAUUUACAGUUUUGUAAUAGGCUGAUUUUCAGUACAGAUAGGAAAAAAAAGGAAAAGGGAGGGAAAAGCUGCAACUAAGUUCAGACACUGUUCAGGCACAGUUGAGGGAGGAGAGGGAGAGGAGAGGAGGAGACAGAGGGUAUGCAUCUGACGUCACAAUCUUGCUGCAGAGAUAAGCCGUGGGGCUUAAUAUUAACUACAAUGUUCAUCCUUUUAAAAAGAGUGAUAGUGCUCCGGCGGAUUCGCGUCGGCGCGCAUGCUGGGCUGAAGGGUAGCAAAGCAGAUAAAAGGAGCCGCGCUGCAAGAUACACUUGAUACACUUUACUUAUUGUCCGCACAAAGUCUGGAGCAGCCCGUGGAACUGAUCAAACACUAUGAGGAGAGCAAAUAAGACCUUUGAUAGAGCGCCGAGCGUAAUUAAUGGACUUCAGUAAUUCGCCUGCAGCCGUGCAGACGCACAAAGAAAACAUGGGGACGGCCAGUGAAGAUCUGCUCGUGACACUCCAGAUACUGCCCGGUUUCUUCUCAAACUGUCUCUUCCUUGCUCUGUACGACUCCGUGGUGCUGGUGAAGCGCGUCGUGUCGCUGCUCAGCUGCUCGCGGUCCGCCGGCUGCGGAGAGUGGCGCCGCAUGUUGACCUCUGCGGGGCUGCGCUCCAUCUGGAAUAGCUUCCUUCUUGACGCAUACAAGCAGGUGAAACUUGGCUGCGAGGCGCCCAACUCUAAAGUGGUAAAGGUGCCUGAUGGCACUCUCUGGAGCAGCACUAUCAGCAGUAUGACUAAUAUCUCACACAGUGCAAGGAUCCAAAAUGGGGGCGAGUGCAACCUCCUGGAUUUUGAAUCGUCGGAUCGUCCUCUGGUGGUCAACUUUGGCUCAGCCACCUGACCCCCCUUCAUCAGCCACCUGCCAGCCUUCAGGAAGUUAGUGGAGGACUUCAGUGAUGUGGCUGAUUUCCUGUUAGUGUACAUUGAUGAGGCUCACCCGUCCGAUGGCUGGGUGGCCCCUCCAAUGGGUUCUUGCUCUUUGAGUUUCCGGAAACACCAGAAUCUGGAGGAGAGGCUGGGAGCAGCGCAAAAACUCAUCGAGCACUUUUCCCUGCCUCCGCAGUGUCAACUAGUGGCUGACUGCAUGGACAACAACGCUAAUGUGGCCUAUGGCGUGUCCAAUGAACGGGUGUGUAUAGUACAACAAAAAAAGAUUGCUUACCUGGGUGGUAAGGGGCCGUUUUUUUACAAUCUGAAGGAUGUGCGUCAGUGGCUAGAACAGAGCUACGGUACACGGUAGAACAGUUAAAGACAAGAAAGUACAGAGGACACAUUUGGAAGUUUUUAGUAUAAAAAACAUAAAAAGAAAGACUAAAAGGCAUGUGAUGAUAUGUAAUAUCCACUGCCUUAUAGCUGUAACGAAGGUCUUCCAGAAUUGCAGAGCAACUUCUUUCAUUCAACUUUUGAAAUCAGGCCGAUGUUUAAAACAUCAGUUCAUAGAAACUGGGAUGAAGGUCAAAACCUGUGGGUAUGAUCCACAUCAACUAGGCAGCGAGAUGAUUUGAGGCAACAUAUAAAGUUAACAGUGUAUAUCCUUCAUCUGUUUUUGUGCCUACUUUUGCUGCUAAAAUAAUGUUUAACAUGAGUUCCACAUAAAAUGAAGAGCGCACAUAUUCCCAUUUUAAAAUAUCUGAUCAUUUACAGCAGAUUUUAAAUUUAUUUUUUAAUACAAAGUCUAAUAUUGGGGUUCUUUUGCACUUCGGCCAUAUGUUUUAUGCACUAUAUUAAAAACCUUAUGUAUGAACUUAUCCACCCUCCUUUAUCUUAAGGUAAAUGUUCUCUAUUUCAAUGCUACUAAAAAGUGUUAAAAAAGCGUUCAUGUUUACAAUACUGAAUCAAAGUAGAUUCAAUGACGCUUUUUGACAUGGAUCAAUAGAAAAUGGUUAUUUAAUUAAAUAAGUAAAUCAGAUUUUACCAGUGACAUCUAAGUAGAAAAGUCGGUGUUAAGUAAAUCCACCUUUUUUUUUCUUUUUUUUUUUUUUGUCAUUCCUCUUUACCAAACUGCUUGUGCUCUGUGAAGUUGUAAGGGAAUCAUAAGUGAACCGCCUUUUUCCAGACCUGGUCUCACAUUCUGCCACUCCAGAUAAAAUCACUGCUUUUAAGAAAUUACAAGCAGUAAUUCAAAAAUUUAAGAAAUUCUGGAGAAGCCUUGCCGACCUGUGUGUGCUUACUGUGUGACAGGAAAACAAUUCUUCUCCUGAGUGGCAGGUAACUUGCAUCAGGUUUUAAUCCAGGAGUUCUGAGAAUUUUCUGUUAAUUUUCUGUUGCUGUGCAAGCGUGUAUUUCUCUGACUGUGUGACGAGGGGCGUUUGUCAAUAUGUGUUCUCAGCGUUAAUCGCUGCACAAGUACUGUCCCAACCCAAAGUACACAUUAGACCAAGACAGUCCAAAUCAUCGAGGAUGCAUCGGCAGGUAACUCAUGUGGGCUUUAUACAACCAGAUAUCCCGAAAUUCAUUUUGUGGAUGUUGUUCCAAUUCCACCAUGACAAUCCUGCGUCCUUCAGAGUCCAUACUUUAGAAUCAGACUUGUCAAAUCUGAACUACUAGACUUGACAAUUACCAAGUUCGUGCAUGUGUUGUUGAUAAACGCCCCCAGUCUUCUUUCUUUCUGAUAACUGUAGCCGGCAUCUUUAAUCAACAUUGCAUUUAAAAUAACUUGAUGUAUCUGGAUAUGUGCUUGAUGUUUUUUCAUGUAUUGUUGCUGCUUUUGUUUGGUGUUUUGGUUACAUACAUUUUUUGUUUUGUUUUAAUCCUGUGUGGAUGUGGGGUUGGAUUCAGGGCUGUGCAGUUUUGGCUACUAGGCUCACUGUUGCUGCACUGAAAGUACUUUAUGUCAUAUGAGCUCCAUUUGGCAGGAAGGACAACCUUUACAUUAGCUACAAAUCUUUCUGGGUAGAAGGGAAAGUGACAACUCCCUCUCCCUCAAUUAAGCCUGUUUAAGUCUCUCUUUAAGUCUCUGCUUUUCUCCUUCUGAGACUAUCCACACUUCUGACAAAUCUGGAGAACUAAUCCAGCCACGGAAUAAGUCCUGAAUUUAAAUUAACUGCAUAAAUGAAAUGCUGUUUUCCAGUGAUAUAGGCCUAUAAGUUAAAUAUCAGGCUAUGUUCAUACUGCAAGCCUUAUUUACUGCUCAGAUCUUAUUUCCUUGUUUGGCAAUCAAGACAGACACACAUAUAAACCCAUAAGACCUAACAUUAUGACCACCUUCCUAAUAUUGUGUAGGUCUCCCUUGUGCCUCCAAAACAGUGGUGACUCAUCAGAGAAUGAACAUGGGCCUUCUGAGGGUGUCCUGUGGUGUCUGGUAACAGAAUGUUGUUAGUGGAGGUCUUUGGGUUCUAUAGGUUGAGGGGAGGGGCCUCUGUGGAUCAUCCCACAGAUACUUGAUCAGUUUGUGAUCUAGUGAAAUUGGAGUCUAGGUCAACACGUUCUGCUGUUGUUAAUUUUUUUUUUUUAUAAGCUGUUUAAACUGCUAUGGGGGUGGAGUGGGUGAACAUGAAUGCCAGGUCCAAACGUUUCCCAGUGGAACCUUGGUGUCACAAGAUGGUCAAUGUUAUUUACCGUCAGUGGUCAUAAUGUUAUGCCUUAUCAGUGUAAAAUUGACGUUAACAUGGAGGUGAAUGAAGUCAACACUUUACUGUAAAACUGUCCGGUAAAACAAGCAAGAAUGCUCUCUUAAUUUGAGUCUUUAACUUCUUUAAAUUAGAUUUUACAUUCUCAACGUUUCUCUGACAUUAUAGGCACAUUUUCCUUUGGCCUCCCUGGCCAUAUGUUUUGGUCACCUAUCCAAAUUUGGAACCACUACAAUACAGCUAAGUUUUACUUGUUCAUAUUACUGAGGUCACCAUUCACAAAAAAGAACCUGUGUCCUUAGAAUUCCACAUAUGGAAGUGGCCCAAAUAUCACUUGAAAAGAAUCAGACUCUAUGUAAUUUGGUUUGGUCCCACUGUCAGGAAAGAACGGAUUACAUAUAUUUUGUUUGCAUGCUGCCUACGUUUUCAUGGAUGCAUUUAUAAUGAAUUUGUGUAUUUAAACCUAAGUGCCCUAUAAACACCGUUUUAGUCACUCAAUCUGUAUGUUUUUGCACAACAUAUGAUACUUCCAGCUGUUGGUCCUUAAUCCAAAACCACAUCCGCUCAAUAAACUUCAAACCUCUCAUGUUUGAUGUAGAUGACAGCUUGAUUUCCACAUCUUUAAAUGUGCUUAAAACUUUAAAAUAUCUGAACAUGUUCAGGUUAACUUUUGUAAGUCAUUGUGUUUGUGAGAUAGAGAUGUUUGAGCAUUUUAUGAACAUUUGAGCUCCCUCGGACGGAUGGUUUGCUUUGGUCACGGUGAUCAAGGUGUGCCAAUGAAAACCUUUGACGAAAGAGUCCCUGACUCAGUCUCUGGUUGGAUAGUGAACUGCACCUGGUCAGCAUGACUCAGAUCAAUGCAUCUGUCUUCAUUGUUAAAUUGACCGCUCAGUGUCUCUAAAAGUAACUGAUAUAGACAACUUUGUUUUCUGUUUUAUCUACUGUACUUUUUCAUUACUGUUUAGUGUUUAUUUUUAUAUGUCCAUGGAAAGGAAUAACAUGAGUGCAAAAUAAAGGUGACUGUUUGUAUGUGAAACUCUU